CACACUCGAGCUAAGCUCAGCCUCAGAGCCACUCUCGAGCUGCCACUGCACCAGUCUUGGCUUAGAACAAGCAGCAGAAACCAAGCAGCUCCUGCAGCAGCAAUGGCGAAGUCUCACACCUUGCUGCUCGGCGCACUGGUCGUGCUCGCGCUUCUGGUGAGCCCCAUUGCUUGCUCCCGCAAGCUCGCCAAGCCCAACAAGCACAGGCCGAGCCACAAGCCGGCUGUCAGGGCCCGCAGCAACUACACCGCUACCCCCUCGGCCUCCGACGCCUACGGCUCCGGCGGCUGGCUGUCCGCUGGCGCGACGUACUACGGCGCCCCCAACGGCGACGGCAGUGACGGCGGCGCGUGCGGCUACCAGACCGCCGUCGGGCAGCGGCCCUUCUCGUCGAUGAUCUCCGCCGGCAGCCCGUCGCUGUUCAAGGGAGGCAAGGGCUGUGGCGCCUGCUACGAGGUUAAAUGCGACAGCAACCCAGCGUGCUCCGGCCAGCCGGCGACCGUGGUCAUAACCGACGAGUGCCCCGGCGGCGUCUGCCUCGCCGAGGCGGCCCACUUCGACAUGAGCGGCACCUCCAUGGGCGCCAUGGCGAAGCCCGGCAUGGCCGACAGGCUUCGCGCCGCCGGCAUCCUAAAGGUCCAGUACAAGAGGGUGCCGUGCAAGUACAGCGGCUUGAACAUCGCCUUCCGGGUUGACCAAGGCUCCAAUCCGUUCUACUUCGAGGUCCUGAUCGAGUUCGAGGACGGCGACGGCGACCUCAGCGCCGUCGACCUCAUGGAGGCCGGGUGCGGCACCUGGACCCCUAUGGUGCAGAACUGGGGCGCGCUGUGGCGCUACAACUCCAACACCGGCAAGGCGCUGAGGGCGCCCUUCUCGCUGCGGCUCACCUCCGAGUCCGGCAAGGUCCUCGUCGCCAACAACGUCAUCCCCGCCGGCUGGACGGCCGGCGCCACGUACCGCUCCUUGGUGAACUACUCCUGAAUGAACUGCAGCGGCGGUUUCACUUUCACCCCCGCUGCGCUUGGCCGGAUUAUUAUGCGUGGCCAAGAAUUGACUGCAGGGUGUGGUGGUUAAGAAAGAAUCUCGAGUUUGCUUCGUGUGAAAUGUGUGUGCGGGUGUCUGCGAGAGGC